AUUUUAUUUGGUAUUUAACUUCAACUACAACUACAACGGUCGUGUUGCGUUUAUUUUGGAUUCAGAAGAAUUGCAACUAUGGCUCCUCGUUCUCGAGUGAUUUUGCCUGAAGAUCUAAUUGCUGAGAUCCUUUCAUUGAUUUCUGUGAAAUCUCUUCUUCGAUUCAGGUGUGUGAAUAAUUCUUGGAACUCUCUCAUUUUGAAUCCAACUUUUGUGAAAUUGCACCUCAAGAGAUCAUCACAACAAAAUGAUCUCUUCACACUAACCACACAUCACAUCAAAUAUGGCUUCGAUGAGUCCCCUGAUAGUAGUGAUGAUGAUCUUGAGCACGGUUAUAGUGUUGUUCCCUACUCAAUAAGUCGUUUAAUUGAAAACCCGUCGUUCACCCAUUUUGAGGAUCCUUACUAUCAUUUGAACGACAAAGGUUGCUCCACUAUGGUUGGUACCUGUAAUGGAUUGAUUCUUUUGGCUGAUGAUUCUGAUGCUGGUAGGUCUCAUGAAUACUUGUUCAGUUUAUGGAACCCAGCAACUAGGACAACAUCUCCAAAGUUUGGGUAUUUUCGUGAUUCUCGUCGUGAACGUUUUGCCUUCUCGUUUGGUUGUGAUAAUUCAAGUAACACAUAUAAAGUUGUGGCUUCUCGUUAUAUUCGUGAUCAAUUGUCAACUGAGGUGAGAGUUCUCAAUUUGGGCGAAAAUGUUUGGAGAAAUAUCGAAAGUUACCCUGUUGUUCCUGUUGAUUUAAAAUCUAAAGACAAUUAUGUUUAUUUGAAUGACACUCUUAAUUGGUUGGCUAUCCAUAAUUACUUUGAGUAUAAAAUUAAGAAUGCUAACAAUGUUAAGGGUAUUUCAGUUAAGCAAUUUGUGAUUGUUUCGCUUGAUCUGGGGACAGAGACAUACAACCAAUAUCUACUGCCUCGUGGCAUUAAUGAUAAAGUGCUACCUGCAGGUCCAACUAUUAGCUUGUUGGGAGGUUUCCUUUGUUUUUCUUAUUCUUACAAGAAAACUGAUUUUGUUGUAUGGCAGAUGAAGAAAUUUGGGAUUGAAGAGUCUUGGACUCAAUUCCUUAAAAUUAGCUAUCAAAAUCUUUCCCCAGCUUAUGACUAUGACGAUACAUGGAAUUAUCGUCUUAAAUUGUUCCCAUGUCUUCUUUCUGAGGAUGGUUAUACAUUGAUAUUACGUAGUAGUGAAGUGGAAGCAAUUCUCUAUAAUUGGAGAGAUAAUAGAGUGAAGCGAAUAAAUAUUAUUCCAAGUAGAACUCUUAUUGAUGAUGAUACUAUAGAUAUUGUAGACUGGAGUUUAGCCAAGGGUUAUGUUGAAAGCUUGGUUCCAACAUUUUGAAAAGAUUGAAGGAAGAACAACUAGGACAGUGUCAGAAAAAGAAGAAUUUGAAGCAACAUGGUUUGAAUUAGUUAAAAUUUUAGAAUAAAAAGUGUCUAUGUGGUUUGGUAUAUUAUUAUUUCUUUUUUUAAUGUACUUUAUCAUAAACCUCAUUUUUUUAAAAAACUUUGUGGACUUGGAUGUGAUAAUACCUUAUUGAAUGGAAGUUUGAUCCUCUUUUACUCUUUCGUA